AUGGAAACCUCUCGACGUGAUGCCAGUCCACCCAGUUCGAAGUACCGCUCAGAAGCAAGAGAACCCCUCAUUCGCCGACGUUCAAGGACCGAUCCGGACAUGAGUCCAAUCUUCCUAGGCAUAGACUUUGGAGCUUUACUUCAUAUUCGCGGUGGCAUCAGCUCCCAGGAGAACCUUUGGAUCGAUAUGUGGCAGCACUUUGCUCCUGGCAAGACAGUCGUCCCCCUCGAUGAUCAAUAUUUGUCCUGUUUGAACUCGUUCAUGGAUCUCCGAUGUCUAAUGGUUAGUGGCAUGCUAAAGUCUUACCAGAAAAGGCUAUUUCAGGCUAUCUGGAAGAUGGAGCACCUCGAAGAUCUUCAAUUGAGAAUGGCUGAGGAGCCGCGCAUAUCGCCAAAGGCAGUGUUACCUUGGCGUCCUAUCGAGAAAGGAUGGCGUCCGCAGGCAAAGGAACCUGAGGCUUAUAUCAAACCAGGCGACGGCAAGGGACGCAUUCUGAAAGAAUACGGAGACGCCGAAUACCUCGACAACUGCGCCAUAGAACUUGCCAAACCGAACCUUAAGGGCAGCCAUCCAGAGUACGACUCAUGGAUGUCCCGACUUCUCCCUAUCGUGCAUCUUACCCUACGCGGCUUUGUAGUUGAUGCAGUCCCGUUCUGCAGUUGCUUCAAUGGAGACAAGCUGCGAUCAAUCACAUUCACGGAUUGCUACGACGCUGGAUUCUAUCUUCCAAACGACAUGGAAGAAGUUGAGCUUCGGGUUUUCCCUGUUGAGAAAAAAAUUGCCAAAGAGGGGAGACGGGUAUCGUUGGAUCAAGAGGCGAAGUGUCUAAUUCUCAAGGAUAAGAAGAAAGUCAGUGAAUCGCUUUUUUCUUCUUCGCCAUCUCACGACGCGACCUCAAGUUAUUAUCCAAAGCCAGGUGCAUCGUCUUCUAUUCCGCGCUAUGCCGCUUGUCCUUCACCUACUCCUUCUUCACAUUCCUCCUCGUCGCCGGUGUUGAGAAAACCCCGAUUCUCGUUGGGCUUUCGAAAACGUCCGGUCAGUUCUGUUAUUGAAGAGGACGAGGGAGAAGAGUGA